GACUGCACCAACAUGGCGGCACGGAGCUGCUUGUUUGCGGAUGACGUCAGAGUCGAACGCUGUCAUGUUACUUGAUUGAGGCGUUAUUCGGAAUCCCCCUCGCGUUCCUGGCAGGACACGCCCUGCUCCAGUAUUACUAGCUCCCGGACACGCGCCACUGCGCUCUGAUUGGCUGCUGUAUCCCGGUAGAACACGCCCAACUGCUUCCAGAGGAAAACGAAUGAUGUGACUUAAGUCUGGCGGCGUUAACAUGAACCACAAACCUUAACCCAUCCCGAAUCGCCUUAAGCCGCAACACUAACCAUAACAAGCGUCUUUGUUUUUUUCAUUUGGUACAAAUGUGUGUGGGAUGGUCAUCUUGUUACAUCUGCGUUACAUCUGCUCUUCCCGCGACACAGGAGCCAAUCGUGUUGCAGCGGGGCGUGGCCUGCCAGAAAGGCGCGUGGGAUUUAUCAUAACGCUUAGCUACCUAGCUAGCUAGCUCGUUCUCAGCAGUCAACAGCAAGGGUGGCUCUCAAGUCCAACGUUGUCGCUCCUCAAACCAUUGAAGGCGAUCACGCCGCCAUAUUGGGGAGCGUUUCGAGUGUCUUCCACGAGCUAGCUUAAAUCGAGGGACGUCUGCGGAAGUCUCAUAGCUCCUCGAUGGUGACUUUUGACAAUGGGCCUGCAGAACUUCAAAUUAUAAUGUUCGUCUUCUAAAUUCGUUAUUUUACUUAGAAUAUUCAGAUUUUGCCGAGUGUCUGUUGUAUUUGGUAUUAAAAUGACUUCAUUACACUGACCGAUGGUUACUAUAUGCCUAACCAAGCGCCUAUUUCUCACCAAGGUUUGUCUAGUAGUUAAUCAAAUGCAUUUGGGCACAGAAAGAAAAGAAAAACGCUCUGUUGGUUCUACACAGGUUUUGCAUUGAACGUAAUACAUCAGCAACAUAUCAACCCUUUUUUGGUCCCUCCAAAAAUGUGCGGGGGGCGGGACGGGUUUGGGAUUGACCAAUCACGAUCGCCUUUGCAUCUGCCCACUCGGCCAGACAGUAGUUUUCAAAUAAUAUGGACCAGUCACGGAUGCGUCGCGUUAUCAUGUCAAUGUAGACAUGAGCUCAUGUUAGCCAGCCGCGUCAGCUGAAUAAAUAAGAAUUAAGUGUGAUUUUAUGCGCGUGAGCUGCGGUGCGGCCGACGCAACCCUCGAGACUGGAGAGAUGAUGGUGGACUUCAGGAGGCAUCCUUCGCCACAGUUGCCCCUCACGCUGUCCAGGUGCCUUGUGUCAACCGUCGAGACCUUCGAGUUCCUGGGAAUUACAAUCUCUCGGGACCCGAAGUGGGCGACCGACAUCGACUCCGUCCUCAAAAAGGCCCGGCGGAGGUUGCACGUCCUGCGGCUUCUGAGAAAGCGCGGCCUGCCGCUGAGACGGUUCUACACAGCGGUCAUCGAAUCGGUCCCGUGUUCUUCCAUCACAGUCUGGUUUGGCGCCGCUACAAAAAAGGACAAUCGAAACUGCCGACAGGAUUGUCGGUACCCCCCUAGCCACCCUCGAGGACUCGCACGCUGCCAGAACUAAGACAAGAGCGUGCAAAAUCCUCUCGGACCCUGCGCGUCCCGGUCACCGGCUCUUCCGGCGCCUUCCCUCAGACGUGCGGGCGAACCUCCGCUGAUCAACGGCUGGAUUCCGUUCCUGGGAAAAGCUUUGGAGUUCAGGAAAGAUGCUCACAAGUUCUUGGAGGAGCAGCAGAGGAACUUUGGAGACGUUUUCACCGUUCACAUCGCAGGUCGCUACAUGACCUUCGUCAUGGACCCUCUGAUGUAUCCCAGCGUCAUCAAACACGGCCGCCAGCUGGACUUCCACGAGUUCACGGGCGAGGCGGCGCCGUCGGCCUUCGGAUACCCGCCCGUCGCGGAAGGGAAGUUUCCGGGCCUCGCCGAGCAGAUCCGGCGCUCCUUCCGCCUCCUCGGCGGAGACCACCUGACGCCGCUGACGCAAAGCAUGAUGGGAAAUCUCAUGACGCUGUUCCGCCAGGACCACCUGGGCCCGGACGGCGCCUGGAGGACGUCGGGCCUAUACGACUUCUGCGUACGCGUCGUGUUCGAGGCCACGUUCCUCACCGUGUACGGGCGCCCGCCGGACGCCCUCCGCCACGCCGACACGGCGCCGCUGAGGGCCGACUUCGCCCGCUUCGACGACGUCUUCCCGCUGCUCGUCGCCCGGGUUCCCGUCCGGCUGCUGGGCCGCGUGCGGAGCGUCCGGGAGAAGCUGAUCCGCCGCUUCCUGCCGCGGAGGACGUCCGGCUGGGCGGGCGUCUCGCGCUUCGUCAGGCGCCGCGCCGAGAUCUUGGAGCGGCACGCGGCGCUGAGCGACGUCGACAAAGCAGCGCACCACUUCGCCAUGUUGUGGGCGUCGGUGGCCAACACGGCGCCGGCCGCCUUCUGGGUAGCGUACCACCUCCUGAGGCAGCCGGAGGCCCUGCGCGCCGUCCGCCGCGAGGUCCGACGAGUCGCGGAGAGCGGCCAACGCGAGUUCAGCACCGACAUUGACGUCACGCUCGGCACGCGGCAGCUGGACGACAUGAUUCUUCUGGAGAGCGCCAUCAAGGAGAGCCUGCGCCUGUCGUCGGCGUCCAUCAACAUCCGCGUGGCAAAGGAGGACUUCGCUCUGCGUCUGAACGCCAAGCGCAGCGUACCGGUGAGGAGAGGCGACAUCAUCGCGUUGUACCCGCAGAGCGUCCACAUGGACGCCGGCAUCUACGAGGACCCGCAGACAUUUCGCUUGGACCGCUUUGCGGGCAAGUCAGAGUUUUUCAAGGACGGACAUAAGCUCCACUACUACCUGAUGCCGUUCGGCUCGGGAGCGUCCAUCUGUCCCGGACGAUUCUUCGCUGUCAACGAGAUCAAACAGUUUUUGAGUCUGCUCCUGCUCUACUUCGACAUGCAGCUCGAAGCGGGGCAACCCGACGCCCGCCCCGACGCCGGCCGCGCCGGCCUCGGCAUCCUGCGGCCCGACCGCGACGUGCGCUUUCGUUACCGCCUGCGCAGGGGCGCGUGUUAGCAUCGACAGUUAGCGUCGGCUGUCGUGUGUAUACAAAAAGUUAGUUCUACAAACCUUAUGGGAGCUGAAGUCCUCUGAAAACAACAUUUCAAUUUCGUGGACUGAAGUCUCAAUUAUUGCUCCUGAGAUUUUAUCAUCUGGAAAGCUAAGCUAACACGAUGAUAGCAGCGUAACAUGCUAACUUCCGCGCGAUUGGGACGCUAUGUGAACCAAUGCUGCGCGGCUCGAUUAGCCACACAGACUGAAAUAUUGCAGAAGUAAUGCACAAAAUCCAGUUAACAAUUCCUUCAUUUUAUUUGCACAAAAAGUGCAGCAAUAAAAGUGUCGAAAACUGUCAACAUAGUCAUGGAGUAAACAAUCAAAUCACAAACAUUCAUUUUUAAUGCUAAAGCAAACCUCAUCUGUUUAACACAAAGUGUAACACUGGUAACUUUUUAACUUUGUGAUUGUUAACCCUAUUAAAGAUGUUU